CACGGACGCGAAAUCAACCAAUUAAAUCCACUUUUCCUCUCACCAUCUCACGUCCGAUCUCUCUCUCUCUCUCUCUCUUCACGGAGUCAACUCCUUUCUCCGUCGCAAUUCGCAUGCUUCAUCAACCGUAAGAGAGAAGAGAUGACUAUGACGACGACGGAGGAGAAACCAACUUCCGACGGCAAAGGAGGUUGGGGUUUCUUCAAGAUUCCGUUUCGUAACUCUUCAACAACCGGUCACGGUGGUAGAAACAACAACGCAGCAGCUUCAAGUGCUGCUGCUACGUCACCGUUCCCAUCUGGAGCUGCUUCGUCUUCUUCUACUACUACAUCUUCUCAUCUCCACAACCAUCAUCAUCAUCAACAACAACAUCAUCAUCAUCAUCAUAAUCAUCAUCAGCUUGGUUACAACGGACCUCAUGGUGAUGGAUCGGGUCAAAAUCAGCAUCCGACUCCUUCACCUUCGGUUUCGUCUGUUGCUAAGUCGUUUCUUCCUACUAAACGGAGAUUGAAGCUUGAUCCUUCUGAGAAACUUUAUUUUCCUUAUGAGCCUGGGAAGCAAGUAAGGAGUGCUAUUAAGAUUAAAAAUACCAGCAAAUCACAUGUUGCCUUCAAGUUUCAAACUACUGCACCGAAGAGUUGCUUCAUGCGUCCGCCUGGUGCUAUUCUUGCUCCUGGAGAAACUAUUAUUGCUACUGUUUUCAAGUUUGUUGAGCCUCCUGAGAAUAAUGAGAAGCCAAUGGAUCAAAGGAGCAGAGUUAAGUUUAAAAUCAUGAGCCUGAAGGUCAAAGGUCCAAUGGACUAUGUGCCUGAGCUGUUUGAUGAGCAAAAGGAUGAUGUGUCUAAGGAGCAAAUAUUGCGUGUGAUUUUCCUGGAUCCUGAACGUUCCAACCCUGCACUGGAAAAACUGAAGCGUCAGUUAGCAGAAGCGGAUGCAGCAGUGGAGGCACGAAAGAAACCACCAGAGGAAACAGGUCCAAAAAUGAUUGGAGAAGGGCUUGUGAUCGAUGAAUGGAAGGAGCGUCGAGAGAGAUAUCUUGCACAACAACAAGGCGAAGGAGUUGACUCUGUUUGAGACUAAAAAGAUCCUUCUCAGGACAAAAGCUAGUGUGUAUUUGUGAAGAAGAAGAAGAAAGAAGAAGAGACCACAAUAUUGAAUUUAUCUGCUAACUCCUCAUUGAUAAUGGAAUCUAAGGAUCAUGUUGGUAAAAAAAAAAAGGACAAUGAAGGAAACUUUUUCAUGUAAAAAAAGGAGGAAAUGUAAACUUUGGGGGUUUGAUGAUGAAUUGUUCAUGUUAAGACUAAUUAAAAAAAGAGAAGAGGAUGUGUGUAUUGAAAGUUCUCCAA